CCUUCGGGGCAGACGGCUCUUGUUCUUCUAGUUCUCCUGCGUGGAGCAGGUACACACUGUCUGCUUGGAUUCUGUACCUGUUUCUCCAGGAAAUCUAAUCAUGUUAAAACACAGCCUAUUUUUCUUCACUUUUGGACUAACUUUAACUGGAAAGCCUUUGUGGAUAAAAGGUGUAUCUUCUGAACAGACAUCCAGACUUUCUACCUUAGAAAUAAUUAUUCCUCGAAGUCUGACAGGCAGAGAGAAACAUCACCCAUUUUUUCACGAGGAGCAUUCACAUGACAACCUUUCUUACUCAAUUAAAACCAGAAAUGGAACAUACCUCCUAAAACUGAAGAAAAAUAAAAAGCUUGUUAGCGAAGACUUUAUGCUAUAUACAUAUGGGGAAAAUGGGAAACUGGAGGCAACGCAAUCAAAAAACAAGACACACUGUUAUUACCAUGGCACUGUUGAAGGAAUUGCUGACUCCAUGCUUGCUCUUAGCGCAUGCGAUGGCCUGAGAGGAAUUCUCUACAUUGGUGGCAAAUGGUAUGGAAUGGAGCCACUCAACACAUCCAGGACAUUUGAGCACGUGUUUUACCAGUUAGAAGAUAUGCAGGACAUCCCCUUCCGUUGCGGUGUGCUGAACGGCAGCCUUCAUCAACAACCCAUCGACAAGAUGUUUGUCAAGCAGUCUGUGAAAUAUGAGUUUUUAUCAAACAGUACCUCUAGCAGGGAAAAGCUUUUGAGGAAGAAGCGAGCUGUCCUGCCACAGAAAAGCUAUGUGGAAUUAUUUGUGGUUGUGGAUAACCACAGGUUUUUGAUGAAGGAAUCUGAUGCUGCUGCAGUGCAAAAGGAAACAGUUGAGCUGAUCAAUUACGUUGAUGGGAUGUAUAGAUCAUUGAACAUCCAGAUUGUUUUGGUUGGAUUGGAGAUCUGGACAGAUACAAACCACAUACCUGUAAUGGAUGGCUCAGCUGGAGAUGUACUGGGUAGAUUUGUUUCUUGGAGACAGAAAAAUCUUCUCAAACGAUCCCGAAAUGAUGUUAGCCAUCUCAUAAUCGGGAGAAGCUCUUUUGGUGGAUCCAUUGGAAUGGCUUUUGUAGGUACCGUCUGCUCACAGGUCCAGGGAGGAUCAAUCAGCACUUUGAAUCAUAACAAUGUGUUACGUCAUGCUACAGUAGUUGCACAUGAAUUGGGGCAUAAUCUCGGAAUGAAACAUGACGAUAAAAGAUGUCCUGCAUCCUAUAUUAUGCACAGCACAGAUAAUGGAUCCAGGAAUUUCAGCACCUGCAGUGCUGAUGAUUUUGAGAACCUUAUUCUCAAUGGAGGUGGGAACUGCCUUAGAAAUCCUCCCAAAGCAAGUCACGUUUACAAGGAGCCUGUCUGUGGUAAUAAUGUGGUCGAUAGCAAUGAAGAAUGUGACUGUGGCAAACCACAGGAAUGCACUAACCCUUGCUGUGAUGCUGCAACCUGCAAACUCACCCCUGGAUCGCAGUGUGCUCAAGGACUCUGCUGCAAAAAUUGCAAGUUUAAAGUGGCGGGAGCAGAGUGCAGAUCGAAGAGGGAUUUCUGUGAUUUACCCGAAUAUUGCAACGGGAGCAACGCCUACUGCCCCGACGACGUUUACGUCAUGAACGGGUACCCUUGCGACAACACGAAGGCAUACUGCUACUAUGGAGUGUGCCAGAGUUUUGAUUCACAAUGUGAAUCUAUAUAUGGAAAAGGGGCACGAAAAGCACCUGACGUAUGCUUUGAAAAAGCAAAUAUGAAAGGAGAUAGGUUUGGAAACUGUGGAAUGAGAGGUGGAACCUACAAGAAAUGUCCUGUUCAGCACAGUCUGUGUGGGAAGCUCCAGUGCACAUCUGUUAGUCUUCAAAAUCUUCCUGCUUGGAGUGUUGUCAAUAACGCAUCUGGGGUUUUGUGCUGGUCUUCUGACUUCGACUUGGGGUCAGAUGUCCCUGAUCCUGCUCAAGUUCAUGAUGGAACAGCCUGUGGAGAAAAGAAGGCCUGUGUCAAUUUUGAAUGUGUCGAUGCAAGUCUCCUGGGCUACAGCUGUGAUGUAAAGCAGAAGUGUAACGAUAACGGGGUGUGUAACUCCAACGGGAACUGCCACUGCCGCUCCGGAUGGGCCCCGCCGUUCUGCAACCAGUCGGGCUACGGCGGCAGCCUGGACAGUGGCCCAGCUCACAUAGAUACAUCACUUCGCGAUGGUCUGCUCAUCUUCUUCCUCCUCGUGUUGCCAGUAGUAAUCAUUACUGUAUUAGCAGUAAUUAAGCGUGACGCGAUAAAAAGAAAAUUUUGCAGGAAAAGCAGAAGCCAAGACAGGGAUAACAAUGUGCAGCAACCAAAGCAAAGCAACAGCUCAAGUCAUAACACAAGAAAUAAUCAGCCUCCCACAUCAAGUCCUGACUUUUUUACCAUAUCCCAUUUCCCUGGCCCGAGGCAGCCAGUACCAACCCGGUUUCCUGCAGCUCCUUCAAGACCCCAGCGACCCGCGGUCCCACCGAGACCCACGGUCUGAGAAGCCUCCUGGGAACCCUCAUCCCAUUCCCACCAGUAACUGGGCUGGGAACAGUUACUGGUGCAGUCCUCCAGUCCUCUCCUCACGCAGCCAAACGCCUUCUGAAAGCACAUACCUCUGGAAAAGACUUGAUGCCAAGAGGCACAAACACCGAUUUUGUAACGUCCCAUUAUUCUGCUAAUUGCUGCUGGCUGUAUUUGUGCCUCUUCUACCUCACCUCUUGGGUUUUUUUUUAAAUCAGAAGCUUGAAGUUCAACUCUCAUUAGAUUAAAUCUGCAACAGUAUCAGAGAACAGGACUCUUCUGAAGCGCAGCCUUGCUCGUGGGCCAAAGAGCAGUGGAUACAGUUAUUUACAGACAAUUUAUUCUCCUCUAGCCACAGGCUCCUGUGAAAAUGAGACCAUAGACUGACCUCUUGGGCAGCCUGUCUGCCUCCUGGCCCGUCCCCUUGGUGGUGCAGUGUCGGGGACACCCUGGUACCCACUGAACGCAGCCGUACCCCCCACACCAGGCUCGGGGCAGGGCCGGUGUCUCGCUCCAAACCUUCUCCUCAGUGCAACCCUGUCCAUGCUGGGACCCUGAUCCCACCUCUGAUUACCUGCUGUCUGUGUUAUCUUCCCAUUCUGGUAGUUUAUAAAAGUGACCCCAUACAGGGAGACCAGCCACGGAAAGAAUCAUAGGAGACUGAAUAAAUUAUGGCAUCGCCUCUUCAAGAAAACAUUUCUAAUCCCUCAGAUGGUCAUUUCACUGAAGAGCGGGACAAAAGAAGCCAAAAUAGAUUGCAGGCAAAGAUCUGCACUGGCAAGAAGUGUCUUCCAAAAAAGUGUUGUCUUUCUCAAUUCCUUAGAAUCCUAAAUUGUUAUCGUGAAUUAAAUAUUCCUAUAAUUCAGACUUUAUUAACAAGCACAUUACAGUAAUAUAGUUUAACAUAAAU